AGUCUAUCGCGUUAUCAAUCUAGCGAAACAUGACUGAGCAAAAACGUGCCCCUCGUUUGAAUGAAAGGAUCUUGUCAUCCUUGUCCAAGAGAUCCGCUGCAGCCCAUCCUUGGCAUGAUCUUGAUAUCGGACCUGAGGCUCCUCAAAUUUUCAACGUGGUUAUUGAGAUCCCAAAAGGAAGCAAAGUGAAAUAUGAACUAGAUAAGAAAACUGGUUUGAUUAAGGUUGAUCGCGUAUUGUAUUCAUCAGUGGUCUACCCCCAUAACUAUGGAUUCAUACCACGAACACUAUGUGAAGAUAACGACCCGAUGGAUGUUCUAGUCAUAAUGCAGGAACAAGUGGUGCCAGGAUGUUUUGUUCGCGCCAGGGCCCUUGGACGAAUGCCUAUGAUUGAUCAGGGAGAGAAAGAUGACAAAAUUAUUGCAGUUUGUGCUGAUGAUCCAGAAUAUCGUCACUAUAGUGACAUAAACCAGUUACCCCCUCAUCGUCUGGCUGAAAUCCGACGCUUCUUUGAGGAUUACAAAAAGAACGAAAACAAGGAAGUUGCAGUCGACCAAUUUCUACCUGCAUCAACUGCUUUUGAAGCCAUUCAACACUCCAUGGACCUUUAUGGUGAGUACAUCAUGCAAACCUUGAAGAGAUAGAUUCACAUCCGAUCCAUC